AAAAAAGAUAUUCAAUGGUAUUUAAUAUAUAGUAAUCUCUAGCCAAAAGCUGCUAAAACUAAUAAAACUAAGAAAUUAUAAAAGAAAGUAGCUGAAAGAAAAAAGAAUCCACUCUUUGUUAAAGAAGCUAAGAACUUUAGAAUUGGAAAUGAUAUUCAACCAAAAAGAGAUUUAUCUAGAUAUGUCAGAUGGCCAAGAUAUAUCUUACUUCAUAGAUAAAAAAAGAUUUUAUUACAAAGAAUCAAAGUACCUGCUGCAAUUCAUUAAUUCAGCAAAACACUUGAUAAGAAUUAAUGUAAUCUAUAUUUUUUUAUAUCAUUAAGCAUCCAAAGUAUUGGCUUUAUUAAAGAAAUAUUCACCAGAAACUAAAACUGAAAAAAAAUAAAGAUUAACUAAAUUAGCUGAAUAAAAAGCAUAAGCAUAAAAAUCAGAAUCUAAAAAAGUCUAAGUCCUCAAAUUCGGAUUAAAUCACGUCACUACACUUAUUGAAACAAAAAAAGCUAAACUUGUAGUCAUUGCUUAUGAUGUUGAUCCAAUUGAAUUAGUAGUUUGGUUACCAUAAUUAUGUAGAAGAUAAGAAGUUCCAUUCUGCUUUAUUAAAAGUAAUUAAUAUUCAUUAAUCUUUAGAUAAAGCAAGAUUAGGAACAUUAGUUCAUUAGAAAACAGCUACUUGUGUUGCCCUAACUGAAAUUAGAAAAGAAGAUUAAGCUGAAUUUGAUAAUUUAGUAAUAUUCUUAAAUAUAGUAAGGCAAGAGAUUUGAGAUAACAUUAUAAUGAAAAUCAUGAAUUAUUGAGAACUAUUGGAGGAGGAUAAGUUGGAAUUAAAUCAAGACAUUAAUAAGAAGCAUUAAAGAAAGCAUUAGAAUUAGAAGAAUUAAAAAAGACAUCCUAAUGAACAUGUU